AUGGCACCCCGCGGUCGUGGUGGCAAAUUUUCUAAGCCCUCUCGAGGAGGUGGAAAACAUUUUAGUCGAGAUGUGCAGCCGGUGGAUAAAGAUGGGAACCGCGUUGGCCUAUGGAGGGAACCUGAUGAGGAACCCGAUACGUCGUCGAGCGAAGAGGAAGACAGCGAGUCAGAGGAGGAGUCGAGUUCGGAGGAAGGACCCAAAGACCAGGCGGACGGUGCCGCCGGCUCCUCUGCAGCCCAGGAACUGACGCGCGAGGAACGUCGUGCGGCCGCCAAGGAAAAGAAGAAAGCAGCGAUUGCGAGACGACAGAAAGUGCAACCGGGGGACAUGCCGUCGUCGGAUUCGGAGUCUGAUGACGAGAACAACAACACCAACACCAACAACGGAGGAGACGAGGGCCUGCCCGCCAACCCGAAUCACACGGCCAAGUCCCGAUCGCAGCUCAGCAGCGACGCGCCCGAGAAGGUAGCCAAGGAUCCGUCGCAAUUGUCUCGACGGGAGCGCGAGGCCGUGGAGGCCCAGCAGGCACGAGAGCGCUAUAUGAAGUUGCACGCGGAGGGCAAGACCGACGAGGCGCGCGCCGAUCUGGCGCGCCUGGCCCUGGUGCGGGAAAAACGGGAACAGGAUCGGUUGCGCAAGGAGGCUGAGAAGGAAGAGAAGGCCGAGUUGGCCAAGGCACGGGCAGAAGAACGAGAGGCGAAGUUGGGCGGGAAGAAGAAGGGCGCCCCCAAGAAGAAAUAA